CUGCCAGAGCAACACUACUUUUUUUAUGAAAACGAAAAAGAAUAAAAAAUAUUGAAAAAAAAUCUACACUUUAAUUUAUGUAAAAUUUUACAUUAUUCUCGCACAAUAGUUAUCAUCAAUAAACUAUAUACUGUAAUGUUAUAAGUGACAACAAACUAGAUUCUAUUUUCUUUCGUUGAAAAAUGUAUGAUGACAUUCCUGUUCGUGAGUUAUUGUAUGUUUUAUCUAAUUUUAAAGAAUAAUAUAUAAUUUAACAAAAUUAAGCAGUUCAUCUUCAAUCAAAAACAAAAGUACAGCGAACAUAUCAUAAUCGAUCAAAUUAAAUUCUUAUUUUAUCUUCACACAUUGUUUCUAUGAUAAACGAUACUAAUUAUAAGCUUUAAUAUUCUAGUUUAGUUGAAUUAUAACUCUAAUAAAUAAGAAUAUACAUGCAUUAAAUCAGUAUCUCUUAUUCAUUCAUCAUGCUGUGCUUAUAUCAGGUAUCAACAUCUUUUGUUAAUAUGAAUCAAUGAUAAAUAUUUUGUCAGAUGUAUAUAUACUUGUUUAUGAUUCAUAUUUUUUUCUACAGAUAUAUUUCUUGGUGAAUGUAUAAUGUUAUCUUCCGUUUAACUCUACAACUAUAUGAGUCUGAUGCAUGUAGAUUUCCUAUCAUUUCCUAUUCAAUCCUUUUUUAUUUACUAAAUAAAUAUUUUAUUUUAAUGUCAAAUGAAAAGAUUAGAGAAUGAAUAAUAAAUAUUCCAAUGAAGAUAACAGCUUACUCUGAUGUGAGAUGUUUAGUUCUAUAAAACAAAUAUCUUUUUUCAAGUUGUACCAAUGUUGUUAUAUGGAAAUGAUGAAGUUCAUCAAUUGAAAAAGAUAUUACGAAUUUAAAAUCGAUAUCUAUAAAUAAUUAUAUUUGUUAUAGAAAAAUAAAUACAUCGAAAAUCUCUGCACUAUAUAUCACUCUUUUGAUACUUUCUGUUAAUACUUUUGUGUAUGAGUGAGUGAGCGAAUGUACAAGUGUCAUAUUUAACUUAUCCUCAUAUUCAAACAUAUUGUUCUGUUUAUUCAUUAGAUACAUAAGAAAUAAAAUAAUAUAUAAUCUUCGAUAUUAUGAACGAAUUUUUCGAAUUUCCAGAGACUUUAUUGAGAGUUAAUAUCGUCUGUAAAUGGUACUGACAAGAAUCCACCAAUUUGUACAACAGCAUCACUCGUUUGGUUAAUACCAAGCGGUUACAAUGACAAUGACAUUUCAAAAAAUUCGAAAUUUAUUUGCAGAUGUUAUUUCAUCUUUUUCAACUUAUGACAAUGAACAGGAAUGUUAUCAUCGUGUACAAUCAACUGAAUGUAAUCAUACGAUAUUUCUUAUUAUUGAUAGUAGUUAA